AUGUUCAUGUCACUGGCCUAUGCCAUUUUAUGUGCAUCGCUAACUGAUGCAGCCGCUAUCCCAACUGGCAGUUUGGCAGAUGCUGACCAGAUCGGCUCUCAGCAAAGGUUUUUUCCCUUCUUAGGCGGCUCUGGACCAUAUUUCUCAUUUCCUGCUAAUUAUGGCAUCCCCGCAGACAUUCCUGUAGGUUGUACGCUAACGCAGGUGCAAAUGAUUGGUAGGCAUGGCGAAAGGUAUCCUACCAAUAGUGAGGCCAAGGGCAUUUUUCAGACAUGGUACAAAAUAUCCAAUUACACAGGUAAGUAUAACGGACCGUUGUCGUUUCUGAAUUACGAAUAUGAGUUUUUCAUUACCCAUGAGAGUGACCUAGAAAUGGAAACCACCUUGGAAAACUCGAUGGAUGUGCUGAACCCAUAUACUGGCGAAAUGGAUGCGAAGAGCCAUGCAAGAGAAUUCUUGGCAAAAUAUGGGCAGCUAGUGGAGAAUCGCACCAGCUUCCCCAUCUUUACCUCAAAUUCAAAAAGGGUUCAUGAUACCGCCCGAUUUUUUAUCGAUGGGCUGGGCGAUAACUUCAACGUAUCAUUGCAAACAAUCAGCGAAGCUUCAUCCGCUGGAGCAAAUACAUUGACCGCCAAGAGCUCUUGUCCGAACUGGCGUUCCAAUGUCAAUGGUGACAUACUUUCUGAGUAUUCGAGUGAAUAUUUAGAAAAUAUUGCCAAUCGUCUAAACGAGGAAAAUAAAGGGCUUAAUUUAAUCAAGAGCGACGCAAAUGCAUUAUUUUCUUGGUGCGCUUUUGAGCUUAAUGUAAAGGGCUACAGUAACAUUUGUGACGUUUUUACCGCAGAAGAGUUGAUAUAUUAUUCAUACGGAAGUGAUUUGACAAGUUUUUAUCAAAAUGGUCCCGGCUAUAAUUUGAUCAAAUCUAUAGGUGCUAAUCUUUUCAAUGCGACAGUAAAACUACUAAAAGAAAGUGCGUAUAUGGAUCAGAAAGUGUGGCUGAGCUUCACGCAUGAUAGUGAUAUUCUGAACUAUUUGACAGCCGUCGGAUUGGUUGACGAUACUAGAAAUCUAUCCACUGCCCACGUUCCGUUUCGUGAUCAUGCCUACCAUAAAUCGUGGUAUAUCCCGCAAGGCGCUAGAAUAUAUACUGAAAAGAUCCAAUGCGUUAAGGAUUUCUACAUACGGUAUGUGGUCAACGAUGCCGUGGCUCCUAUCGAGACUUGUUCAGAUGGUCCAGGAUUUUCCUGCAAAGAAAAUCAGUUUUACGAGUAUGCGAAAGAGAGACUUGAAGGCCUAAAUUUCUAUGAAGAUUGCAGCGUUUCCAAUGUUAGCCCCCAAAGAGAAUUAAGCUUUUAUUGGGAUUGGAAUACAACCAGGUAUAACGCGUCGUUGGUAGACUAA